CUAUCCGAAUGCAUCCUGACUGGAGUUGAUUUUGAUCAGAUAUUGUAUCGAUAAGCAGAACAGGUAAAAGAAAUGGUGUAGGAUUGAGAGAGAUACGCUGUAGUGGAGUGCCCUGUCCUUGGACCAUGAGAAUGGGGAGGAGCUGAUGCGGGUACAACCUGGUACAGACAUAGUCCUCGGCAACCUUCCUCGAGAAUCCCCUGGCACGCUCUACAUCACUACUAAGCAAGUAAUAUGGGUGAAAUGAUUUUGUAUCAAGAUAGGGUAUGCUGUUGAUUUUUUAUCCAUAUCUCUUCAUGCUGUCUCUACAGACCCUGAAGCUUACCCUCUUCCUUGUUUAUAUACUCAGAUUGAUACUGAAGAAGCUGAUGAUGACCACUCUGAUUCGGAAUCUAAUCAUAUCGAACAAGAUUUGUCCAAUGUCACAGAAAUGAGGCUCAUUCCCACUGAUCCUACCCAAUUGGACACUCUCUUUGCAAUAUUCUGCCAGUGUGCAGAGCUUAAUCCAGAACCGAAUGAUGAUGAAGGAGAAGAAGAACAUGACUGGGUUUUCAGUGCUGAUCAGAUGGUAGAUGAAGAAGCAGAGGACGAAUGUUAUAUCUCUCACAAUCCAGCCAACUCUAUUGGUCAGUCAAAUGGAAAUCACGACCUAGCCCGUACCAUACUUGAGCUUCAAAUCAAUGAUCGAAGAUUUGAGGAUGCGGAAGAGAUGGAUGAUAAUGGAGACGGCACCCAUCAUUGAGUGUCUGUAACUGUCCGUUGUGGUUUGGUUUUAUAUAUGUAAUUCUAUUAUGAAAAUCUGACCAGCCGUUGUAUCUGAGACUUUUUUAAGAAAACAGCAAUAGUGAGUUUAGAGCUAUAUUGUAGAAAGAAAUUGAGUAUUGUAUGAAUACUUUAUUGAUAAUUAAUGUUUGGUCUUUAUCA